AUGUUGGGUCCUACUCCAGCCCGUACUCCCCUCUCUUUCACUUUUGAGGACAGCGAUUCUGGGUUUAAUGCUGAGAUGGCAAUGCCUGAUUACGAGCCCAUGUCUCCUGUUGUCGCCAACCUUGAGAAGAUGGUUGCCAAUCGCAAGACCGUUCCUAGUGAGAGCGGCACCACUACCGAGACUAUCAGCUCUUUUGGACGUGGCAUCUCCAACAAGCGUAGCAUCUCAAGCAUGGACAGCACUCCCCCCGAGUCGCCCAUUGAGGCUUUCCUCUCCCGGCCCGAGACUCCCAACUACCCUUACAGGAACUGGAACUCUACCGCUGCGUUUACCAUGCGUAACGGCCAGGUCUACAGCUUUGGUCAGCUCCAGGUGAUGUCUCUCCAAGUUGCUGAAGCCAGACGCAACGGAGAAUUUCCUCCUACCAACGAGUCUACUCUCGAUGCCAACGCUGUUGCCGAAGACUACGAUUCGCUCAUCUACCUUCGGCGCCUUCGUGGUAACCAACUUGCUCCUGCUCCUCAAUCAUACAUCCACUUCCGCGAGCAGGUUGCACUCGGCAUCCAGGUCCGCCAGGCAUCUCUCAAGCGCGAGACUGAUCAAGAAGUCGCUCGUCGAGUUGACCACUACCUCCAAGCUGUGGAAGCUGAGCAGCGAUACUACAGCGCUAGUAACACCAUAAUCCAGCGUCGUGAGGUCACCAACCCUACCCAACAAGACUUCAUCGACCCCCACGAUGACAUGUGCUCUAUGGUCGAGCAUACUAUAGAGCAGGGCAUCUCCGAUGCCACUGGACCCCUCCGCAUGAACGUUUCUAAUCUCAAGAAACAAGGCGAAGUCUUCCAAGAGCAGACAGCCCUUAUGCAGCAGCAGAACGACAUGUUCCAGCGACAGACCGACGGGCUUGUCCAACAGCAAAGCGGCCUCCUUCGACAGCAGAAUAACAUGUUCCAGCGACAAGCCGAGCAACAAAACAGUCUUGUUCAACAGCAGAACAGUCUCCUGCGACAGCAAACCGACGUCUUCCAGCGCCAGACCGAGGAGCAAACCAAACUCUUCCAGCUACAUGCGGACCAGCAGAAUGACCUCUUCCUGCAGCAGCACAGCAUGUUUCUGAAUCACAAGGCUAGCCUUCGGGAACACAGCCGUUUCUUCAAGAAGCAGACCGACACUCUCGAGCAGCAAAACAGAGCCAUGAAUGCUUCCGUCACUCACUUGAGUAACCUUAUCGAGCCCCAGAUCUAUAAUAACCAGGCUACCGUCCAGACCCUCGCGUCUGCAAAUCAGCUUUUCGCCGACUUGUCGCAACAGCUCCCCGAGACCAUCCGAUGCGCCGUUGAGGAAGCUUCCCAGAAACAAGCUCGCGAGCUCAUUGAGCAAGCUCUUCAUAUCCAGCAGAUGGCUAUCGCCAACCCACAGCCGGAUGCCAAAACCAUCAGCGCCCAGGUCGAAGAGGCUGAGGAAAAGAAGGCCGUCGCUGUUGGUUCCGAUAAGGCUGAACGAAGUGAGCGAUCAUCUCUCUACCGUAUGGUGCGCAAGUUCAAGCGCCAGCGCAUCUCUUCGUGA